CCGCACUGUAACAACAACAACAACAACAACCGCAAGCAGCGUCAAAUAAUUGUCCUUACGGUCUAGGCACUGUAUUAAAACUGUCGUUUAAUAGAUUAUAGUAUAGUGCACAGAAAGGUAAUUCUGAAAUGGAUCAAAGGCCUGUAGAGGGUCUUUAUGAAUCUGAUGUACUGCUCGCGACAGCAAUCCAAGACGAUUCCACAGAUAUGCUUGGCUUGCCUGGUGACUGGAGUGUUAUUGACCAGUCAACAGAGACAGAAGAUGCCGCUGAUAGUACUGAGAUGGAUGAAGAUCUGGUGGGUGACAUGGGCUCUGAUACUGAAGAAGCAGGGGACAAUAUUUGCAAAGAUGAUAGCGUGACAAGAGUGAGCAGUGCUGAACAGGACACUGAGUGCAAGAGCAUCACAGACUAUAUGCCAGCCACUCAGACAACUGGAAAUUGUAAACUUUCAGAAGAACAAGGAAAAAGCACUUGCUCAGCUGGAAGGUUAGCUUCAUCUCCAAAUGAGGAAGGGCAGAUUUUGUUGACAACCAAGCCUACAGAAUGCACAACUGUUGAGAUUGAAAUUGAUCUCAAUAAUGAGACUAGUGAUGUGGCUGAAGGUAAUGCAGAUGCAGAUCUACAAACAGCUUCUGGCAGUUGUAGCAUAUCAGCACUUGACAAAGCAAGCACAGGAGAUUUGAAAAAAAGUAACACAGCAGAUGCGUUACAAACUAAAACAGACACAGGUACAUGUAAGGCAUCAACAUGUGAACAAGAGAAGCAGGCUGAAGACAUACCAACUGAUGAUAGUAAGCAAAUUACUGAUGAGAAGAAAAGUAUGCCAAAGAAACUAGUGCCAGAUAUUCACAAAAUAGAAAGCUCUGACCCAGGCUCAUUUACAUCAAAAAGUGUAGAAAGUACAGAUGAAAAUUACAUGGAAAUACCUGAUGAAAAUUUGCCGCGGGCAGCAGUUGUAGAUGAUGACUCUGAUGUUAUUAAAAUAAGUGUAGCAGACAGUCCAGCAAAGCAAGCUGUUACCAUUCCUGAAUUCCAACCUGUAAAAGGUGAUGCGCUGAAGGGUGCAGAAUCAACUAAACCACUGGCCAGUAAGCCGGAGCUUGUCUAUGACAGAGGAUUUGUAACACCUGUUCCUAAAUCACUGAGCAAGUUGAAACAGUUUACUGUGAACAUUGGUCCGAUGCAUCUAAUAGACCUGCACUGCAAGAAACUCUACAAGAUCCUAAAGAUCAACCCCACAUUUGAGAUCAAAUUUGAGCCCAAGGAAAAAACUCUAGAUAAUGGCCAGAAAAUUGGUGACAGUUGUGGGUAUGUGCACCUGCCCUUUGAGGUCUCGUCUCCAUCCAUUCUGGUGAAUAUAUCCGACAAGUUGAGUGCCCUAAACAUCAAUGGACGGGACAUGUCUGUCAAGUUCCCAGAGGCAUUCAACAAGGCUGUUCAGGAGUGCAGGGCCUGGAUGAAGCAGAGGAACCAGUAUUUUGUCUCCAGAGAUUUCAAGGACCAAAUGGAAAGGGUCACAAACACAUUGUUGCAACAGCGUCGUGUUAUGAUUCAACAAUGGCCAAAAGAAGAAACAUCAGGAGAAAAGCUGACAAGUCUCUUUCCCCAUGUUGACAAAAUAAUAAUGAAGAUUGGGAAAGAUUAUGAUGGCAAAGAUAUUUGCAUGGGCGUGUACUUGGAGUUUGCAACUGAAGCUGCACUAGAGGAGUUCAUGAACACUGGAAGCUCCAAUAUCUGCCUGGAUGGCCGACUGAUCACCAUCACCAGGAAACUCAGUAUGGACCAACUGAUCACCUAUAAGAGUGGUGUGAAUCCAGACCAAGUGUCAAGCCAAGUUAGUAAGAACAAGAAGAAGAAAAAAAACUUGCCAAGCCAAGUUAGUAAUAACAAGAAGAAGAAGAAAAACUUGCCAAGCCAAGUUAGUAAUAACAAGAAGAAAAAGAAACACUUCUGGGCCUCUGUAUUGGAAUCAAGGCUGCAGAGGGGCGGAGGUGGGCGUGAUUUGAGGGGCAGGGCAGGGUCAGUGGGCGGAGUCAGGGACAGGGCUGGAGGGAUUGCCAUCUCACCCAGAUCCACCUAUCACAGGGCACACUACUCACCGGGAGCGGACUUAGGGACCAGAAAGCGUGAUAAGUUUGAACCCCGGAGGGACAUCUGGUCUCAUGAACCCCGUGAUGACAGGCGACACCGGGGAGACAGGUGUCGAAGUCCCUCGCGCUUUGAACACAAAAAACAGAGACGGUCAGCCAGCAAGUCAGAUGAGACAAGGGCCAUGCUGGAGUUGAUGAAGUCCAAACUGAAAAACAUGGAACGCAAACUUGCUGAACAGGGUGGCUUGAUGCUACCACCUGUUGAUGUCAAGAAGGAUGUCUUCCCUGAGAAUAAAAGAGGUCAAGGCGCAAAAGAACCCAGGACAGAUUUGGGUCAGGGUCAGCGAGGAAGGGGCUCAAGUGGUGCUGGGAAAGAUGAGGGUUAUCAUGGACGUGGACAAUCAAGCAACAAGUCAGGUGGAAAGAGAGAAUCUGAUAAUUUUACUCUGGACUACCAGACGUCACCAAAGCGUCAGUAUUUUGAGGAGAAUUAUGAAGUUUCUAAUGGGUCCCAUGAAGAGGAAGACAUAGUAGCUCGGCCCCCUAAGCCAGCACAUCCAGGCUACUCCAAUGUGUCUCCUGCCGGCUCAACCGGCAAUCUCAGAAAGCAGAGCAUCCCCACACAGCCCCGCCAGUGGGGCAGUGCCUCACAGCUGCAUGUUGGUCACAGCAACCCGUUCUGGCCCAGUCCCCUGGGUCCAAGUGGGACUCUUUCCGGGGCACCCCCUCUCCCUCGGGAGAUUGACCUCUCACCCUACUUUCCCUCCUCCAGUGGGUAUACUCAGGCUGGAAAGGUUUCUCGCAACUACACUCAAGUUAGUUCUGAGUCUAAUCCAUACAGCAAGGCAUCAGAUAUGGGCCCCAGCUCCCGGAUAGACAUGAACCCAGGUAGAAUACCAAACCAGUUCCCCUACACGGCAGCUGACCUUGCAGACACAGGUACCAGUCAGGGACGGCCAUACUACACCAGCAGACAACUUCAUGAUCAACCGAGCAAGAGUCAGGGCCAGGUGGUGGAAGACCCGCUUUCAAAGCUGAAGAGUCAAAAGCUGGUGUCCUGCAGGAUCUGCAAGGGAGACCACUGGACCACCAAGUGUCCAUACAAGAAAACCCAGGCACCUAUACAGGAUCCGUACCCUAGGCCUCCUGGCACAGGCAUGCCCCCUGCCAUCCCCCCACCAAACUUCAGUGUACCUCCACCUGGCUUUAUGCCCCCUCACAUGGGCGGAGGUCUACCUAACAAUGACCCAGGACUUCAAAAAAUCUGGGUGAAGACAAAAACAGCAGAAGGAAAAGUUGUUAAUAUUCCUUCGAGCAGUCUGGUUCCUGUGAAGAUGCCAGACCUACGGCAACAGCAGGAGCAGUCAGAGAGAAACGCACAAUGGCUUAUCUCCAAGGAGAAAAACCUGAAGCGUGAUAUACCACGGGGACCAGUGAAGCCUGCGCCCAACGCCCUGCACAUCACUGAGACUAUAGAUGUGCGACCUGUAAUUCCACCCCAGGCGGACCCCUACCCAGCAUUCCUCCGCACUGCCUCCCACACCUCUAGUGCAAACACCAGUUUCCAAUAUGGAGCUGUUAUGGAGCGUAACCCCAACAUGCAGUACGACCAGACACGGAACAGGGCAACCUAUGGAGACAGGAGUCAGGAAGACAGGGGCCAGGGCAGGGAGCACACGUUCACGAGGAGGGAGCCCACAUUCCCCUCAUCUUACCAGUAGCAGGGGUUUGCAGCCCCAAACACCAGCUACUAUCAACACUGAGAUCAGGGUCCGUGAUCAUAUUCACAUACUAACUGGGAAAGCAAUAUCUUCGUUGAACAUUAAUAUUUGUGGAUUUCCAUAUAGUCCUUUCAAUUAUGAAAUCAAAUGUCCAACAAAAGUUCACAAACAAAGUCUUAUAUGAGACUUAUAUAAACAAAAUAUAUAAAAAAAUCAAACAAAAAUGACAUAUUUUAUGCAAUUUUAUGUCAACUAAAAUAUAAGCCUCGUGCUAGCAAAAAAUCAGAUAAGGUGUAAAGUGUCGUCCCUAAUUAGCCUGUGUAUCAUCUGGGAUGACAUAUUGCUUAAGCAUUAAGCCCAGUUGUUUUGAUAACGAGACUUGUCUAUGAAUCUAUGUAUAUUUAGCAUGAAGAAUAUUAAUUCAACUGCUUUGUUUCAAACAUGCUUAUUUUUUUCUUCCUUUCUAUUGACAAUGUCCAUUAAAAUAUGUUUUUAUUGGGAAUGAAGGCAUAAGGAAGAUUCGUAGCCAGGAAAUUUGAAAAAAAAAAUACUUUCUUUAGCCUUAAUUACUCGGAAGUCAUACAAUAUUGUUGAGGAAUAUGUGCCCAAUUCUAGCACACAACUGUAGGUACCUUGGACUAAAACAGUUGAAUUACAGUUAAAGAAUAAAUAUUUAUGCCCCCCUUCAAAGAAGAGGGAGUAUAUUGUUUUGCACGUCUUUCGGUCAGUCCGUCCACCAGAUGCUUUCCGGAUGAUAACUCAAGAACGCUUAUGCCUAGGAUCAUGAAACUUCAUAGGUUCAUUGAUCAUGACUGGCUGAUGACCCCUAUUGAUUUUGAGGUCACUAGGUCAAAGGUCAAGGUCAACGUGACUCGAACUAGAAAAAUGGUUUCCGGAUGAUAACUCAAGAAUGCUUAUGCCUAGGAUCAUGAAACUUCAUAGGUACAUGGAUAAUAACUGGCAGAUGACCCCUAUUGAUUUUCAGGUCAGUAGGUCAAAGGUCAAGUUCACAAUGACUCGAAAUAGUAAAAUGGUUUCUGGAUGAUAACUCAAGAAUGCUUAUGCCUAGGAUCAUGAAACUUCAUAGGUACAUUGAUCAUAACUGGCAGACGACCCCUAUUAAUUUUCAGGUCAGUAGGUCAAAGGUCAAGGUCACAGUGACUCGCAACAGUAAAAUGGUUUUCUGAUGAUAACUCAAGAAUAAUUAGGCCUAGGAUCAUGAAACUGCAUGCAUGUUUUAGAAACAGCCCUUGUUUAAUUACAUGUUAUUUAGUAAAUGCUGGUGGUUAUGGAUGUUGUACACUAUCUUCUACGUCUAUGUCUCAUUAAAAAAUGUACAAAUGGAA